AUGUCAACUAGUACUACUAUGUCUCAUGAAUCGCAACUACAAGCAAUAGAAACCUUUUUCAAGAAUAACACGGAUUGGUCAUUGAUCAAGUUCCUUAAAUACAGAGCGCAAGAAGGUGAUUUUACUUACGAUAAAAGAAACGAGCAUAUGUUAUAUAAGGUUGCUCUGAGCUUAUUAUCUAAUGAACAUCCCCAAGCUCAACAAUAUAUCUCUAAUUUUGAAGUUAAGUAUUGUAUUGACUUUAAGAUGACUACUUACGCACUGGCUGGUGAUAGUGAAGUACGCCUUCCCUUGGUC